GUUAAUACUGUGUGCGUUUUGCUUUACGCGGUUUUUAUUCUACUUUUUACCCUUCUCUCUCUCUCUCUCUCUCUCUCUCUCAAUAUUUCUUAAUAAUUUAUUAAUUUGUCUCGCUUUUUUAUGGUAACGAACCCUUUUUAUGUGUUAUAAUAUUUAAAAUAAAUUAUCUUCCUUUAUUUUCUUUUCCCAUAACCUCUUUAAAACGGUUUACUAAGUCAAAUAUAAAAGAGAUUUUUUUACUUAAUAUUCUAAUUGAUUCUGGAAAUUUAAAGGAAAUUGUGUUAGAAAGGGAAACCAACAGAGAAAUUAUUUUUCUCUGAAUAUUUUGAAAACCAAAAGAAACCCUUGUUUCUGGAAUUGUUUUCAGAGUUGUGGUGGAAUUGGGGAAAAGCAAUUAAUGCUAUAUAUGUUUCAUAUUUAAAUAACCUAAAAAACCACCAACUCUUUCUUCGAAUUGCUAGGGUAGAAUAAUUUUAGAACAGUUUUUUUAAUUACUUAUUUAAUUUUCAUAAUUUUUUGCUUUCCAAUUGAAUGGAACAGUUGAAAAUAGCAGCAGAUUCUCAUAUGAAACAGGAUUAUUCAUCACAACUUUCCAAGAAAAAAGAUAAUAAUAUUGAGUCCUCAGGCAGUCCUCAAAAUCGAAUGGUGUCAGCAAGAUGGGAUCCAGAUGAAGCAUGCAGGCCUACCAUUGAUGAUGCUCCAGUGUUUUAUCCAACUGUUGAGGAGUUUAAAGACACACUUGCCUACAUAGAAACUAUUCGUGCAGAAGCUGAAUCAUUUGGAAUAUGUCGGAUCGUUCCGCCACCUUCUUGGACUCCACCUUGUCCUCUUAAAGAGAAAGAUAUAUGGGAACAUGCUAAAUUUUUAACACGAAUUCAACAAGUUGACUUACUUCAAAAUAGGGAGCCAAUGAGAAAGAAAAGUAGAAGCCGGAAACGGAAACGGAGGAGGCAUUCAAGAAUGGGAGCUGCUAGAAGACGUGCCAAUUCUAGUUCAGAAUCUAUUGUUGCUUCUGAGAUCGAUGAGAAGUUUGGCUUCAAUUCAGGACCAGACUUCACUCUUGAAGAAUUUCAGAGACUUGCAGAUGAAUUUAAGGAAAUGUACUUUCGAAGGGACUGUGAUGAGGAUUUAAAGCCUGGUGUUGUUGAAUAUAGGAAAUGGGAACCGUCUUGGGAGGAUAUUGAAGGUGAGUACUGGAGGAUAGUUGAGCAGCCAACAGAUGAGGUUGAGGUAUAUUAUGGUGCUGACUUAGAAACAGGAAAAUUUGGCAGUGGGUUUCCUAAGGCAUCAUCUAUGUUAACUGGAAAUGAUGCAGAUAAAUAUGCAAUGUCAGGUUGGAACCUAAAUAAUUUCCCGCGCCUACAAGGUUCAGUGUUAUCUUUUGAAGGAUGUGAUAUAUCUGGAGUUCUAGUUCCAUGGCUCUAUGUGGGGAUGUGCUUCUCAUCAUUUUGUUGGCAUGUUGAGGACCACCAUCUGUAUUCACUAAACUAUAUGCACUGGGGUGAUCCAAAGAUAUGGUAUGGAGUGCCUGGAAACCAUGCUACCUCUUUGGAGGCUGCAAUGAGAAAGCAUCUGCCUGAUUUGUUUGAAGAACAACCAGACUUACUUCAUGAAUUGGUUACUCAACUAUCUCCUUCAGUUCUAAAAGCUGAGGGUGUACCAGUCUAUCGAGCUGUACAACAUUCUGGGGAGUUUGUUCUUACCUUUCCAAGGGCAUAUCACUCUGGAUUCAAUUGUGGCUUCAACUGUGCAGAGGCAGUGAAUGUUGCUCCUGUUGAUUGGCUAGAACAUGGUCAACAUGCAGUGGAGCUCUAUAGUGAGCAACAUCGGAAGACAUCACUGUCCCAUGACAAGCUGCUUUUAGGAUCAGCUCGGCAAGCCAUCCAAGCUCUCAGGGAGUUAUUCAUUCUUGGAAGAGAAACUCCAGGAAAUUUGAGAUGGAAACAUGUCUGUGGGAAGGACGGAAUGCUUACAAAGGCUGUUAGGAUGAGAGUGCAGAUGGAGGAGGAAAGAGUAAAUUGCCUUCCUCCUCAUUUACCCUUACAAAAGAUGGAAAAGGACUUUGAUUUGGAACGUGAGAGGGAAUGUUUCUUUUGUUUCUAUGACUUGCAUCUUUCUGCCUGCAGCUGCAAAUGCUCUCCUGAACGAUUUGCAUGUCUGAAACAUGUAAAGAAUUUCUGCUCAUGCCAAGAUGAAGGCAGAUUUGUCCUCCUUCGCUACACCAUUGAUGAAUUGCAAAUGCUAAUCAAAGCCCUGGAGGGAGGAUUAGAUGCUGUUAAAGUUUGGGAAUCCAAAGAUCUUGGAUUGGUUUCUGUUAAUAAUUGUGAUGCUCAUGGGUCUAAGUUAGUUCUGGACAAUGAGCUAUUAAAAACUGAGCCUUCUCAACUAAGGGAAAGUUUGUAUUGUUCGCCGAGAAUGGAAGAAAAGGUGGAUAUUAAUACUUCAUCUUGUUCAUGUGGUCAUGUUUCUUCAGAAGUAUUGCCAUCAGAGUGCCAGCAUGGGACUGAAUUAAAAGCUUCUCAUGUCACCCUAGAUAGUCAUAACAAUGCCUUAAAUGUUGGAGUUCUUGUCAUGGAAAACAGAGUGAACUUGGAGCAGGAUGCCUACAUUGACUUGAAUCUUGAUAUUAUAUCCAAUUAUCCUGCAAGCAAGUCACUGUAUGCUUCUGAUAACCCUAACAACAACAGUGUCACUGAUGUUAGGGCGUUUUUACCCUUUUUUAAGCGAGAGAAAAUUUGUGGCUUUGAUGAAGUAAGAGAACCUUUUCUAAAGAGACUAAGAAGUGAUUCUAGCUCCUCAGUUUCUCAAGAAUCUCCCAACAAGGAUCAGCUUUCAAUUUCAAGGGUUCAUCAGGAUUCUGAUGGCUUUGAUGACAAGAAAUUGUUUGGUGCUGAACUUCAGUUUCCAUAUAUCCAUUCAGGACAGUCUAAUACUUUGUUGAAUAUAGAAACUAUCAACAGCUCAGAUAUAGAUGCAUCUAUUGCAGACCAAGCUGAUCCAUUGUUAAAUUCUUCUGUUGAACCUUUAAAUUUUGGAUCGGUCAUGUUUGGAAAACUAUGGUGCAGCAGGCAGGCCAUCUUCCCAAAAGGAUUUAAAAGCCGUGUGAAGUACUUUAGUGUGCUCAACCCAGCAGAGAUUUCUAGCUACAUAUCAGAAGUCUUAGAUGCUGGGCUCCUUGGACCUCUAUUUAAGGUUACUUUAGAAGGCUGCCCCACUGUAACAUUCUCAAAUGUGUCAGUGGAGAAAUGCUGGGAAAUGGUGCUGCAGCAAUUAAAUCAAGAAAUUCUGAGGAGGAGCAACCUAGGGGAAAGGGGGCUGCUUCCUUUGCAGUCUCUGCAGAGCAUCAAUGGACUUGAAAAGUUUGGAUUUCUUUCACCACCCAUAAUUCAGGCUAUUGAAGCUCUUGAUCCAAAUCAUCAGUGUUUGGAGUACUGGAAUCACAAGACUACUAGCGAUAACAAUGAAGUUAAAAAAUCUGCAUUUAGAUUGAGUUGCUCUGUAGGGGAAGCAAAUGCAAAAGUUUUUGGUGUUGAUUUGACAAAGCACAACCAGGAGGAUCCAAGUUACAGUUCAGUUGAAGAGGUACAGGUAAUUCUAAGAAGACUGUUCGAGAAGGCAAGCCCUGAAGAGUUGAAAAUAAUGCAAAGGAUUCUCUGCAGCGAUGCACAAAGUGCUGAAUGGAGAGUGGCAUAUGAAAUAUUGACAGAGGAGAUCCGUAAAACAUGUAGAUAAAUUGAACAUGGUGGACAUGAGCAACCUUUAGAAAAUAAGGGUGAAAAAGGAAUUGACCAGUUCCGGUAGUUGAUUCUUAUUGGGACUAGUUUUUUAGCUUGAUUUUUGGACUUUCAGGCUGAUUCUUUAAACAAAUCCAUAAGAGGGAGAAACAGGUUCCAUAUGCCUAAGUCAGGCGCAACCAUUGCCAUUGGCAAUGUCCCCCAUUGUUAUUGCCACUAACUUAUCAUAGACAAGGCCUCUUUGUACCUUGCAAAAUUUUGCUAACUUUACUGAAAUAAAUGUUUUUUUAGUUGUAAAUCGU